AUGUCGCUCGAUAGUCUUGAAAGCGGUCAGUCGCCAGAAAUAUCGCUGUUUUUGGGAGAGUAUGAAGGAGAACGAAAUGAGAGGGAGGAACGGCAUGGGUUUGGUCGUGCUCUGCUGCCGAAUGGAGACGAGUACGAGGGAGAUUAUAAGAAUGGCAAAAGAAAUGGUAAUGGAAAAUAUACAUUCCUCAAGAGUAAAGCAAGGUAAUUUAUUGUUAUUCAUCUGCUGACGCGAAAUUGGUGGUUUUCCUUCUCUUGGCACGAUAGUUAUUUAGAGAAAAGUCUAUGUUCGCGUGCAUAAAUAUGUUUUGGGACCGACUCAGAGUCAUUUUAGCCCGAUCCGUUAGGCGAGGGAGAAUUGACUCUAAGGAGGACUCCAAGACAUUAUAAUGCCCAAGAACAUAAUUUGUAUUACUAAAUUUAUCACUUUGGAAGACAUCGAGACGAUAAGAACUGAAAGCAUGACCAAAGAACCAGUAUGAACAAUCACGCGAGCGGGCUAAAACACAUUAAGAAUAAACCUGUGAGGCCAAAACAUCCCCGCAUAGUCCUUAUACCAAAUAAAUUCCUCUCAACAGAUACGAAGGAGAAUACAGUAACGGCCAAAAGUGUGGUCAAGGAAAAUUCUGGUAUCCUGACGGGUCAAUUUACGAGGGAACCUGGGCCGAGGGUCUAAGGAACGGUUAUGGCAAGUAUACUUAUGCAAACGGGGACGUAUAUGAAGGGAUGUGGAAAGAUGGCCGCAAACAUGGACAGGGAGAGUAUAUCUACAAGGAUAAAGGAAUUAGAUACCGGGGUAAUUAUAACGUGAAUCGCAACUGCUCUUUUGAAAACAGAAAGUCGUAAAUACUUUGAUUUAAUUCAAGCGGGUCCGUUGUGUGCUGAUUAACUUUUAAUAAAUCGUCAUUUAUUAUACACGAGUAAAUCUUCGAACCACAAGCUCAACACUAGACUACAAGCAGUUCUUCCUUGUCGGUGAAAUAUAUUGCGCGAGUCCAAGGGAAAAUCGUGUCAGCGCGCCGCGUGAAACUAUAGGAGUGAUGCUCAGUCCCAUACCUCCGCAUAGAUUGGCUUGAUUAGCUUCCCGAGUUUAAAAAAAAAAAUGCUAUAAAUUUUCAUGGUGUUCACAGUAAAUUACUGGCAACCCAAUACAUAGUUUGAAAUUCUAAGAAGGCUGAAGUAUUAAGGCACCGUUCAAGCGCAAAAAAAAAAAAAGCCAAGCACUUUUUAACCAACAUGGAAAUGGGUCACAAGUGCUGCAACGACAUGAAAAUGUAAAACAGGAGGGUAUCAUUAAAUUCACAUCAGAUAUCAUUCAGAAAGAGAAUUAAUUCACCAAAGAUCAUGUUUAACUGCAGUAGGCAUGGAACAGUAUCUUUCUAUUUUCCUUGAAAGGAUACAUCUGUUUUAUAGAACAUUGCGCGUUUCACAACCAAUCGUUAGCGAGUAAAAACACUAACUUUUGAUGAAGUAGUCACAGUAGAAACAAGACAUUUACGCUGUUGAUUGUUUUCCAGGUAACUGGAGCGAUGGCAUAUCUAAAGACCAUGGAAAACUUAUAACCUCAAGCUUCACAUAUCAUGGGACAUUUUCCGGUGAGGAACCAGUUGGGACUGGAAAGUUUCAUUUUGAUGCGGGCUGCGAGCAGGAAGGUGAAUAUGUAACCAAGCGAAUGGUUCGAUAUACCAAUGCCUCCAGAGAAGUUUUCCACGUCCCACACUGGAAUUGCCUUUCUUUGUACAAGGCAGGGUCGAGACUCGAUAAGCCUUUGGACUAA